AUGUUGAAAAUUGUCGGUCUGUGGCCGCAAGAAAGCAAAGAUCAGCAUGAAGAAUUAUUAUUGAAACUUCAGUUCUUACUUAAUAUCAUUAUGUUGAUUUUUGUAUUAGCUAUUCCGGCUUUAGUGUCAUUGAUAAGAGUAUGGGGCGAUAUGAUAUUGAUGAUAGAUAAUUUACAAUACACCUUGCCUCUUUUGAUAACAAUGCUAAAAGUCUUUAUUAUGUGGUAUAAACAAGAAGCUUUAUCGCCGUUGAUUAAUAUGAUCGUGAAUGAUUGGAUAAAAGUAAAAAUGGAAGAGGAGUGAAUUGUCAUGUUAAAACAAGCCAAAAUCGUCCGUUUACUUGCCGUAUGUGGAAUACUCAUGAUACUUUCUACAAUGCUAAUAACUGUUCUUUCUUUUCCUUUUGCCCGGACGCUCAGACACGUAACGAAUCUUACUGAUCCAAUUGGAAAGCCUUUGCCAAUACAAUCAUACUACUUACACGAUGUAUCUAGCAGUCCGAAAUACGAGCUAACAUAUCUGAUACAAACAAUCGCAUUAACUACAUCUGGUCUCUCUUAUACCGCAGUCGACAGCUUUUUGGGUUUACUGAUCUUGCAUAUAUGCGGUCAGAUAGAGAAUUUGCAUCUACGAUUACUGAAUCUGGGAAAGGAUUCGAAUUUCAAAGCGGUUUUGAAGUACAACGUAAAAGAUCACAUCCGCUUGAACAGAGCUAUAGAAACUAUUGAUAAUACUUUCAAUUUAAUGCUGCUUGGUCUGUUUUUUUUUUUUGGGAUCCUAUUUUGUCUUCACGGAUUUCUAAUAGUUAGUAUUGUUAAUCGAGGUGGUCACUUAUCAAUCUUGCAAUUGGUUUGGUACACGUCCGCGACUAUAUGUGUUUUAAUGCAUAUGUGUCUUUAUUGUGCGGUUGGUGAACUUCUUGUGAGUCAAUCUGAAAAAAUACAUCGCGCCACACAUGAGUACGUAUGGUACACUCUGGAGCCAAAAGCAGCAAGAAAUUUGACAUUAAUUAUGCUCCGUACAAAGAAACCACUUAAUAUUACAGCGGGAAAAACAUUCCCGAUGACAAUGUCUACGUUCUGUAAUUUACUAAAAACAUCAGCGGGCUAUGUAUCUGUGUUGCUUGCCAAUCGAAAUUAA